UUCUCUGACGAUAAAAAUAUAUCAAGGUCGGAACAGGCGGGAUGGAUUCAAAGGUGAAUGCUGCAACAUGGGCAUUGGAUCGUGGCGUAAGUGUUGUCAUUUGCAAUGGAACACAAGAUAAAGCGAUUAAAACAAUUAUCGCCGGACGGAAAGUUGGUACCUUUUUCACGGAAACCGCCGCAGGUGGACAUUCUGUCGACAUGCUGGCUGAAAAUGCACGCAGUGGGAGUAGAACGUUACAGUCGCUAACUCCAGAAGAACGAGCAUCGAGUGUAAAUACUCUUGCUGAUUUACUAAUAACGAAACAAUCACAAAUUCUCGAGGCAAAUGCUAAGGAUUUGGAAGAAGCAACUAAAUCUGGGCUUAGUAAGCCGUUGCUGUCACGUCUUUCGCUCACGCCAGCAAAAUUGAAAAGCUUAUCAAUCGGUCUGAAGCAAAUAGCUGAUUCCAGUUUGCAGGUAUGUGGACACUGAACAUCCUUGAUGUGGUUUCCUUUGUUUAGAUGGAAAAUGCUCAUGUGAGAAAAUCUGGCACAUAAAUAAGGAAAUUCAAUCGCCUAUAAUGCCACGGAUCUACAAUAAUGUAAAUUUCGAGCAGAAAAUCCGAAUCGAAAACAUAGUUUUAAUUUCUAAGCAUUGUGAAAUUUUCACAAAAGCACUCAUAAGAGCAUCUUCCUUCUACAUAAUGGUUUCGAAAUUGUUACGAAAAGCACAAAGAGAGAAAGUCAGAAAUCUUAUUUGGUCAUUGAUGAAACUGAUUUCGUCCAAUUUUAUCGUUCAUGGUGCGACAGUAAUAAGUUUGCGCUAUGAUGCUCAUUUUUCGUUUUAAAUCUCCUCUGAAUGUUUUGAAACGGUAAAUCUAUAACUAUCAAAUUUGCUACACAGUUCUCCCGAUGGUUUUUAUUGUCUGGCACAGAAGCCGGACAAAUCAGGCGUUUAAGAGGGCCAAAUCUAAGA